CUGAUCUGUCGUCUGCCAACCGAUCCGUGAAUAUGGCUGCACUCGACAAGCCCAAAGUCAUCAUCGUCGGCGCAGGGAUCUUCAGCCUGAGCACGGCAUACUAUCUUGCUGAGGAUGGAUACGAUGAUAUCACUAUCUUCGACCAGCAUGCCUACAAUUCUAAGGAUGGUUACAAGUUGAACCCCAAUUCGACUGCAGCAUCUGUCGAUGAGAACAAGGUCUUUCGGGCAUCAUACGGAGAUGAGCUGUACUAUCAGCGGCUCGCCUACGAGGCGCGGGAAGUGUGGAAGGCUUGGAACGAUGAACUAGGUCCCAACAAGGAGCUCUUCGUCGAGUCGGGGAUGCUACGCGUCCAGCACUCGACACAGCUGGAUGACCUCGAGCGAAAGACCCUCGCAAACAUGACCGCGGAGGGCCUCAGAGACACACAGUAUAUCCUGACGGAUGAGGAGGACAGACAUCGUGCUGCCGAGAACGGUUGGGCGCAUAAGCUGCUCCAGUUUGCUAUUCCAGAAAGCGGUGGCAAAGAGACAUUCGAGGCCGUCUUGGACACUACAGCCGGAUACGUCUACCCAAGCAAAGCGUGCACUUUCCUCGCUGACAAACUACGCAAGAAGGGCGCCCGCUUCGUGGAGGGCCCCGACGAAGGUGUCUUCGCAUCUCUCCAGGUCAUUGACCUUGGCGGCUCCAAGCGUGUGGUCGGCAUCGUGACGAAGGACGGACAAAGUCAUCCAGCUGAUCUCGUCAUCGUGGCUUGCGGCUCUGCUACAUCUAUGCUUGUACCAGAAGUCAGCGCAGUCUUGGAGGCUACUGCGGGAAGCGUUGUGACCGUUCGCCUACCUCCGAAAGACCAAGCACCUCAGCUCUGGGACAAGUAUUCACACGACAAGUGGCCUGUAAUAAUCGCUCAUGACCCUGACCCGACUGGGAAGAAUGUUGCUAGUCGCAGCGUAUAUUCGUUCCCGAGGACAGAAGAUGGGCUCGUCAAAAUUGGCUAUCGAGUAACAAAGUAUACGAACUAUGUGAAGCUUCCUGGAUUCAAACGCCCUAUUUCAGUUCCUUUGCGUCCCAGCGUCGACGACACCUCCAUACCUCUGAAAUCUAUCGAGGGCAUCAAGACCUUCGUAUCUACCUUCCUUCCUGACCUGGCGGCACUGCCCAUCGCCGUUACUAGGUUGUGCUUCUACACUGACUCUGUCGACAACUCUUUCCUCAUUGAUUAUCUUCCGGGCUACAACGACUCGCUGUUCAUCUGUACUGGCGGCAGCGGGCACGGCGCCAAGUUCACACCUAUACUAGGCAAGCAUGUACGUGAUAUAAUCCAAAAGAAGCCGAAGACAGUACUUACGUAUCAUUGGCGAUGGCGUCCGGAGCUUCCGUUGGGUAACGGGCUCGAGGAAGGCCCUGAUGGACCUAGAACGCUCGACAAGCAGCAGCGGGCGACCCCCGAGGACCUGCGUCGUGCAGGGUGGUGAUUGUGCGCAUAUAUGGUGUCCAUAGCAUGAUGACACCACUGUAGCGGCAACGAAAAUUCUGUCCACCUAUAGGUGACAAAUGUGAGAUAGAUGCAGGAAAUAGAGGGUAAAAUCGAUCCGUAUGCUGUCAUUACUGCUGUCAUUACCACUGUCUAUACAACACAGUGUGCG